AUGUCUUCUCUCCUAAACAAAGUCAAAGGCGCCGUCCGCGGAGACGAAAACGACGGUCGAUACGGAAACAGUACUCACAGACCUUACGACAACCACCAUGGCCUGUCUCAUCACCCGCAUGAUGAUCAAGGCUACGGGACAGACACUGUCACCACCACCGGAACCACCACGCAGGUGACACGCACUCCUGCCGAUGAGUACGAUUCGGUUGAUACCACGAGCUCGAACCGGUUCGGCACAGGCCAAACAGUCACGUCACCCAGCGCUACAGAGCAUCCCACGUCUAACUUUGGGAGAUCGGAGCCGCCUCCUCUGCCAGGUCGUGAAGCACCUGCUGUACCAGAUCGCCGCCCAGCAAGCAGCUAUUUGCCAAGCACAGCGGCUGCGCACAACCCGGCCAAUAACGGCACUACUGGAGAACGCAUCGGAGAGGCUCUGACUGGAGACCAUUCUGGCUCUCGGACAGGCACUUACAACACCACACCCGACAAUCGUGGCUUGGUGGACCGAACUGGCACCGCUCACGGCACAGACUCAACGACGGGAUCGAAUUCACUAUUCAGCCACAAUCGCACUAACACCAAUACCCUGGACAACAGCAACAAGCAUGGCAGCAUCCAUGAUCUUCGCAAAGAUCAUGAGAGCCGAAACGAGCAAGGGCGCAACAAUACGCUGAGUGGACGGAACGACACCACUUCCAUCUUCGGCACAAACGGUACAAGCGGCUCCCAUCAGAGCAUCGAUGAUUACAACCAACGCAAUACCGCUGGCAACGACACCUUCGGCCAGCAUGGCGCCGGCUUGACCAGCAAAGAACAGGAGAGUCGCGAUGCCAAUAUCGCCGGCUCGACUGGUGCGCUGGGUCUUGCAAAUAGCUCGUCUGUUCAACGGCGCGCUGUUGGCAACGGAAACGCGAACCGCAACAGCAACAGCCAUCUCAACUCCGGCGAUACUCUCCGAGACGAUCCUGCUGUGAGCACAGUCCUCGGAUCUGCUACGACAGGCACGAACAUCCCUCAGCGCGAGCUCUAUAACAGCGUCGGCAGCAAUAAUGGGACUAGCAGCAACAACCCCUACAAUCGCUCGGGCCAAGACGGUAUUGGCAGAUCUGUCGCCAACGCCAAGUACGAUUCCAAUAUCCCGAGCAUCGUCCCUGCGGUCGGCCCUGCGCCGAAGGCUGCCAACGAUCGCAGGUUCGACGACGACCGCAGAUCUGGCGACAAUGACAACAACAACUUUAGCAACCAGUCUCGCCACGACACAGCUUCCGGGAUACCCAAGUCCACGUUCAAUGAGCGGCAGGGCUAUGGCGACUCGCGUGAUGGCCGAGACUACAACCGCCAGAACGAUUCCACGUUCCGCGACAACGACAACAGACGCUACUUCAACGACAGCAGCCAGCGAGGCCGCGCUAGGAAGACAGCCAUUGCAUGCAUGCUCAGCGCCAUGAUCUGA